AUGAUUUCUUUGGUAAUCGAAAAAAAAAAAAAUCUUUCGAAAAAAAGAGCAAAACAAGAAGAUAAUCUGUCUCUCUUUUGUUGGCUACCGCGUGAUAUUACUUGAGGGGUUUGUUGGGAUGUCAAACAAGGGUUGUCACAAGGCGGGGAUACAAAAAAAAUCAAAAAAAAAAUGAGACAGCUGAAGCAGAAAACUCCAGUUUGCUCCAAUACGACGCCCCAGUAUCAUCCAACACCCUGCUGAUAUAUAUUCUUUUCUCUCCAGUUUAUUCAUCUCGGUCAUCAUCAUCUUCAUCACACAUACAUUGACAUCUGUCCCUUUUACAACCAUAUGUACAUAUUCAACAGUAAUCUGUACUUAUGUUUGUAUUAACAAAAAAAAAAAUCAGAGUAUGUGUACAUUAACAGUACAAACAUCACACAAACUAGAUGUAAUGUCAAAUGCAUUCAUCUAGUGCAUUCAUCAACUAGUUUUUUUAUUUUUAUUUUAUUUUUUCCAAUAUAAAAAUCAUAUUUUUUUUUUGUUAAUUUUAUUAAUUAUUGUUGAUGAAUCAUGACAGUUAAAGUGGUGUUGAUUAUUUUUUUUGUUUAAUAUAUUUUUUUAAUUUAGAAAAUGUCAAUUGGAGCAUUGACAUUACAUUGAAGGAUAAAUAAUAGGAAGACAUUCACUGGAGUAUAAUCUACAAGGACGCCAUAUGUAGAUUUUUUUAUUUUAUUAACAUGAAAUUAUGACUCAUGUUUUGUGGAAUAUAUAUAUAUAAAUAAAUUAAAAAUACAAAGAAUUAAUUAAUCAUGGAUUUUGUAAUUAUUUCGAUAAAUGGUAGAGAUGUAUCAAAUUCUAGUCAUGAAGAAGCUGUACGUUAUUUUGAAACAGCCCAAGAACCAAUAACAAUACAAGUACUACGUAAACAAUCAAAUCGUAUUAAUCAACAAAUUGAUACCAAAUUAAAUAACAAUGAGCCAAAAAAAUUAUUAAAUUAUACAACAACAAGUGUACAAACAGAACUUGUUGGUUUAAUAAAUGAUGAUUAUGUUGAUAAUUAUUAUGUAUUUGAAGAUGGUGAUGAUUAUGAUGAUGAUCAAGAUAAUGAAGAUGUUGAAGUUGAAGAAUAUGAUGAAAUGACAAAUAUACGUGAUUUUAAAUUACGUGAAGAUGUUUAUUUUGAAGAAGUUACAUUACGUAAAAGUACAAGUCAAGAAAAAUUAGGUUUAACUGUAUGUUAUAAUUAUUCAUGUGAAAAAGAUAAUAAUAAUUCUGAUACUGCUGAAGUAUAUAUAUCAGAAAUAUUAAAAGAUAGUUUAGCAUCACGUGAUGGUAGAUUACGUGAAGGUGAUCAAAUAUUACAAGUUAAUGGUAAAGAUAUUGAGAGUAAAGAACAAACUGAACGUGUAUUUUCACAAACUAAAAAUACAGUUGUUAUACUUGUUAGUAGAUGUUUAUAUCAAUCAUCAUUACAAAAUUCACCUGAUAAUGUACCAGCAUAUCAAAAUAGUAUGAUUGAAUUAUUAUUGCAACAUCAAAAACGUCAAUAUGAAAAUACUGCAUUGAAUGAUAAUAAUAAAUGUGAUACUGGUGUAUCAACAACAUCAACAACAACGACAACAACAACAACAGUAUCAUCAUCACCACCACCACCAGUUCCACCACAUAUUGGAAUAAAUAAUUCAUUAUUAUCAUCAACAUCAACAUCAUCAUCAUCACACAAUUCUCAUACAUCAAAUAAUAAAGAUACAAAUGAAUCAAUUAAAGAAUCAAUUAAAAAAAUUGAUGAUUUAACGUUAAAUAUAAAAACAAGAUCAACAUUACAUGGAAUAAAAAAUUUACAAACAUCAAGUGAUACUGAACAUAUUUAUGAAACAAUACCAGAAAGUGAUAAUGAGCCAAUUUAUUCAUCACCAUAUGAGAGUAAAUUAAAUAUACGUAAAAAUGAAACAUCAACAACAUCAACAUUAACAACAGCAACAACAACAACAACAACACAACAUGAACAUCGUAGUAGUAAAUCAUCAAAAAGUAAUAGUUCAAUUGAAGAAAAAGAUUCAUCAAGUGCUUAUAAUACUGGUGAAUCAUGUCACAGUAAUAAUCAACUUGUACUUGAACUACAAAAAUCAACAGAUUCACGUGAUAUACGUGGUAGUACAUUGGUACUAUGUACAUCAGAUAAUAAUACACCAACAACACCAAUUAAUUAUAAUCGUCCACCAAAUUGUGAUAUUGCUGAAAAUCAAAUUGUUAGAUCACUUCAAGCAUCAUUAUCAGCACCACAAUUUAAUAAUUCACAUAUUAUUGACAAUAAAAAAUUAACAAAUACAUGCCAAUAUAAUUGUUAUCAUCGUCCACAAUCACAAUAUCAAUAUUAUUAUCAUCAACCACAAUAUCAAUUAAAUACAAUCAAUAAUAAAAAUUUAAAUACAACAUGGAAUAAUAAUAAUAUAAAUAAUAAUCAUUAUGAUAAAGAUACAACAAGUAUUGGUAGUAGUGUUAUGUAUACAAAUGUUGAUAAUUUAGAACAAACAAUGAUGCUACAACAACAAAUAUUUACACAAGCAUUAAAUCGUAAAAAUAUAACAAAAGAUGAAAUAAUUGAUGAUAAUAAUGAUAAAUCAAAAGGUAAAUUUAGAGCACCAAAUUUAACACAAUAUCAUUUUAUUGGUAGUCAACAAGUUAGAAAAACAAAUACAUUAAAUAUGCCUGAGGAUAAAUGUGAUCCAAGAAUGGAAUGGAAAGUUAAAAGAAGACCAGAUGGUACAAGAUACAUUGUUAGACGACCAGUUAGAAAUAGAUUAUUAGAUAAUCGAACACUUGAAAUAUCAGAAGAAAGAGCUGGACAAACAACUGAAGAUGACACUGUCUCGGAAAUUAAAUUGGGACGUUAUUGGACAAAAGAAGAAAAAAAAAGACAUCUUGAACAGGCACGUCAACGUAAACAACGUCAUCAAGGAUUACUACGUCAACAAUUAAAACAACAUGAAGUAUUAAAUUGUGAUCAUGUUGUUGUUGUUGAUGAUGAUACAACACGUAAAUCAAGUAGUCAAGAUACUAGUGUUAAUAUUAAUCAAACAAAUCAUAAUAAAAUUGAUGAUAAUAUAAAUUGUGGAGGAAAUGGUAAGACAUCAAUUGGUCUAUUAUCAGUAACAACUGUUUAAUUAUUUAUUCAAAUACACAUGGUGUUUUUAUUUUUUUUUCUUUUAUUAUUAUUAUAUUUAUAUAUAAUGUUUUUUGUCAAUCUUGGUAUGUAUAACAUAUACCUAUAUCAAUGUACAUAAUAAUACAUAAUAUAUAUAAUUAUAAAACAAGCAAGGAAAAAAAGUUUAAAAAAA